AUGUUUAUAAAGGUCACCAAGAUGUUAUCAAACAUCUUGUUUCAUGGCAAUGCAGAUAUACUCAAACAAUACCUCGAGAUCAACCCGUACCGUCACUUACCAAACAACAAGGUGUCGAAGCUGCCUUAUGCCGUGGACAGUGGCAACGAGCAGUGUUUGCGUCUCUUUCUCCAACACCUCACCAUCGAUGACGAUGCCAAAGAUCGAGUCGAUUACAUAGCCUUCAAGCGACCUGGGGUCAGCGUUGGCAUUCUCAAGAUACUCCACGAGGAGUUCAACUGUCUCUUUGCCUUCAAGGAGCUGUGGAUGCCAGUGCUGAGACACUCCAUCCACCACAACAUGGUCGACAGUGUCAAGUAUAUAUUGGAUAGAGCGCCAGACAACCAAGACCUCAAUGUUCUGAUUUCUAGCCAUCUGAUACAAUUCGCCAAGGACAACAAUGUCGCAAUGUUUGAGAUAUUCAACAAGUCAACAUUUGGUGCCAAGUUCAUCAAGAUGGAUGAUUUUGGAAGGUUGAUCAAAGAGGCCGCGUCCAAAGGUCACGAGUCCUUCAUUCAACACUUGCUCAAACACCAUGUUGGCAAUGGUAACAUCACCAUUUCCUCCGAAGACAUGUUGAGCGAAGUGAUGGACUUGACCCUGGGCAAACUUCGUGUCACAGGAGUUAUUGCCUUGCUCAAUAAUGACGUCAUGAAUGCCGAGUCACUCUUGGACGAGAUCGAACAACUGGACAAGGAGCAUUGUCUUGAAAUGUCCGAGGCGAUGGCCUUGAUGUUAUGCUCGCCGCGUACACCUCCUAAGACCUUCUACGAGAACACUCUGCCCAAUCUGAUCGACGCCAUUGGCAAGCCUGGCAGCAACAUCACCGAGGACAUCGUCUGCCAGUUCAUUGUCAACUGCAAACACUCAAUGCACAACAACUAUCCAACAUAUGCCCAUUCAAAUCCCAUCAACAACGCUAUGAAGUUCGCCGCCUGUUUCUCGGCUCGGGUGAUGCGUCUGCUCCACGAUCAACUCGGUGCAGAAUAUGAGCAUUCUUAUCUGAAGGAGGCUAUUGAUAGUAAUUGCCGUGAUACAUUGGCGUUGCUAUUUGAGCACAUUGACAAGACCGAUCUUGACCUCGGCCCAUUUGACCAGGAGGUGUUCCAGUACAUCACUCAAGCAUCAUUGGACGACGUUAUAUUCAUCCUCACUCACAUGGAUCAGAUACGCAAGAACCCAGUAAUCUGUGAGCAGGCCAUCUACAAUGACGACCCGAGUGUGUUUGAGUACGUGGUUGGUUUGUUCACGAAUGAGCAGCUUGAAGGAAAGGUACUGCAUCGCACGAUCAACCAGUCACUCACAAAGGACAGGCUGGACAUUGUCCUACUGCUGGAGGAUCGUUUCAAACGUCAAUUUCUCAGACCUACUCUUGACACAUUUGAAUCAAUGGCCCUAAGCAAUGCAUAUCGUUCACUCGAGUACCACUUCAACUCAUCGACAUUCACCAACAUGCCAAUCACUCAUCGUCUUCGAACCGUUCACUCAAUCAAGGAUAAAGCUUAUGAUGAAGGUUCGACUCGAGUGGUCAAACUAUGUGAUGAUCAGAUCAAGUCACUCACAAUCCAACAACAACAAUCACAACUUCCCGUUCAGUUAUCAAUUGAAGUACCUUUGGCAUUAUUCUCAAGUCAAUUGGAGACAGCAGUACACGCGGUGUUUGGUGACAGGAAGCUUGGAAUGCACAUCAUGGAACAGGUUGGACUGGUUCACAAGUCACUUGGUGCCAAGAGUGACCAAGUGAUCAAGGGUGCCGGAUUGAUCGGCAGUCAUUCAUUGUCUGAUUACAUCAAGUAUGGUGCGACCGAAUGGUUCCUCAAGGCAUACUCCUCAUCAACAUCCUCAUUAGAUCGUGACACGAUCCAGAACACAGUAUUGCUUGGAAUUGCUUUCAACAAGUGCAACUCACAUGUGAUUGAUGUGCUGCUGGACAAUCCAAUCAUGACUCUACUUGAGGAUGACGACCUAACUCAUUCAUUCUUCUGGAAUGUAUCAUCGUGCACUCAUCCAGAUUGGGAGAGGAUGACUGAACAAUACCUCAUGAUCAAAUUCCAGAGCGCUCCAUUGGAUCUCGACAGUGAGAUUAUAUCAAUGAUCCAACAUCCAUCAUUCCUUCGCAAACUCAUUCAAAGUGGCGCCAAACCAUUGGCACGACCCAGUGAACCAGAGGAGUACAUUGACAACGUGACAAAGGGAUGGCUCACCAAGCCAUGGGCAUUGGAGAUGCUUGAACUGCUCAUUCAACACGAACUCUUGAGCUCCGACAUGAUGGAGCAGUUGAGUCUCAAAGCAAUCGAACUCAACAUAAUGUCAGUCGUCACAUACUUGAUCGACUUGUAUCAAGCACCACAGAUGGAGGAGUCAAGGACAAGAUUCAUUACAAAUGUUAUUGUAGGCUGCUGCAGGCAUGGUCGAGUCGAGCAAUUAGACCUUAUGCUUCCAUUCAUCGAAGCAAACAUUGACCAACAUUACCAAGAUUGGAUCACAGUAUCAUUCCAGAGUGGACAUGUCUCGGUAGUCCAAAGAAUACAUGCAGUCAUCAUGUCCAAUGUACAAAAUGACUCAUUCAAUAUUCUGGAUUACUUGGACGUACCCUUGGCCAAUGGUCACAUUGACUUGGUCAACUUCAUCCUCGAUCAAACAACUCCCACAGGAAUUUCAGGCUUUAUUGCAACUCCUUGGCACGAAAGGUCCAACGUCAAGGAGGUCCACCAUAGUAUCUUGUCAACCGAGUUGGUUGGGCGAUUGCUGUUAUAUCGACUCCCACUCCUAGGCAGUCUACUGGGCUGCGCAAUCAAAGCUGGCAACAGAAACGUGAUCAAUAUGUUGAAGCAUGACGUGAAGUGUGCGAGAAUCAACUUCAACUAUAGAUAUGCACUUGGACAGGCAUUGCAUGCUGGAGAUGUUGACUCGAUACAGUGGAUCAUCCAACAGCAGUCAGGUAUCAUACUAUAUGAGUACGAUCCUCUAGAGUUUGACAAACUAUUUGGCUCACUUAUAGAACUGAUUGUUGAGCCCACCAACAUCAAUGUCACAGAGGAGGUGAUUGUCAUGCUGAUCAAAACACUAGACAGAGAUAUGAUAUCACGCAACAUGUCCAAGAUACUCAAGAUUGCGGCUUCUAAGUCAGUCGCGGCCAUCAAGAUGGUAAUCAAACGCUUCACAACCUUUGACAAAGGUGAUCGAAUCAGUGCCGUACACCAGUUGUUGACAUCAGAGAUCAGGGAAGUGAUCAAUGUCAGCAUGAAACGAGGCGACUUUGAUUCGAUUGAGUAUCUACUCCAUCUAGCGCUCACUGUCGCAUCAGUCGCCAUCUAUAGGGAGAACAGACAUCAGCUCCAGGAUCUCAUCAACUUGGAGCACCUCAACGGACCAAUUCUUGCACAACUCCUAGACAAAGGAUUGGUUGGAGUCGAUGGCAAGUCUGAUUUACUGGCAAGAAUGGUCGAUUGGGCUUUCAGUGAGGGCAAGUUGGACAUCAUCCAACUCGUCCACCAACGUUGCAACACUCCAGAGCAGCUCAAACGACAUCUCCCAUCAAUAUUCAACAUCCUUGACACAGCACUUAAGAAUCAUCACAAUGUUCUUAGUUAUAUGUUUGAAGGCCAUGCGUCUGGAAGUGGUAAUCAAUCAACAAUAAUCACUCCAUUCAAACGAGCUAUGGUCGAGACGGAUAUCGUAUCAUUGCUCAAGGUAGUCCGAUUAUGUAAUUGCUCCAAGGAUGUCAAUUUGAAUACAGUGGCAAUGUGCGAUCGGCUCAUAAAGGACCAUGAUGGUACUACAUUCAAAUAA